AUGACUACCUUUCACAAAUUUGUCAACUUUCCGCCGGAAAUCAGACUGAUGAUUUGGGAGGUUGCCGUCAGGAGCGAUCAGCCAGGUGUGCAAAUUUUCGAGAUCCGCAAACGUGGUUCAGAUCCGUCCAAGAAAGACCCUACUGGCCUUCCUGUCGACGACUCUUACGAAUUACAACUCGCACAAACCAGAGCCGAAAAUUCUCAAGAUGACUUCGGGGCCUCUCGGGCGCGAUGGUGGCGGAAUGGGAAUCCGUCAACAUGUCUUGUAGAUCACGGGCUGUGGAUAGCCUGCAAAGAGUCACGAUGUGUCAUUGCGAGAAGUCAACACGAAGAAACGAGUAUAUUCACAGAUGGUGGACGGUUACUCGCAAUGCGACCGCACCAAGACCUGUUCCUCAUACAAAUCAACGGACCUCUAGAUGUGAAGUUGGAGAGCCUGCGGCAACAAGAAUCACAACUCUGGCGGCAUCCGUCUCCAAAACCACACCAGGUCGCCUUCGAGUAUGACCCAUCUUGGACCCUAAAUUCGCCGCUCACAGAACCUAAAGACUAUCUCGACUAUUGGCUUCGAAUUUUCAAAACUGUUCAACGUCUCGCUUGGCAGGUCGAAACAUUCGGGCGUUUGUGGAUAGUCGAUCACAGCCUGGUCCGUCAAUCUACUGACGCGUAUGGACUAGGUGGUGGCUCUACACAAGAGCCUUUGGCAUCAUUCCACGCAGAAGGGUAUAAGCUCGUUGAAGUAGAAAUGCAACGCGGACUCUGGACGACAAUGAGUUUGGUAGGAUGGGAGUACACCAAAUUUGAGGAUGGAAGACGACCUUUGGAUACAACGAUCGCUUUUGUCAACCAUAUACGUCAUCAUCUGUUCCUUUGGGAUCGCGAAGACUUAAUGGACAAUGUAAAGCUUUUGGCACUGGAGAGGUCUUGA